AGAAGUGUUUUACCACGCUCUGUUGUUAUGUCAGCGUGUUGCCUUCAUACAACCAGUUAGACGUUUCUAAAAAGAGAUACAGUUUUUGAAUCAGUUCAGUAAGUACCUGUAAUAUUAUCAUCCUCAUAUUCGUGACUGAGUUUUGAAGCGAGCAGGAAUGUCUGUAGUAGUUUAUCAUCUGAACUGAGAUCUGCUGCUGUGAAGAUGGAGUUUGUGAAAGAGGAGAGAGAAGAGAACACGAGUGAACCAGAAACCUUCACAACAAAACAAGAGGAAACAGAAACCUGGAGAAUAAAACAAGAAGAACCAGAAACCUGGAGAAUAAAACACGAGGAACCAGAAACCAGCACAAUAAAACAAGAGGAACCAGAAACUUUGAGAAUAGAACAUGAGGAAACAGAAAUAAAACACAAGGAACCAGAAACCUGCACAAUAAAACAAGAGGAACCAGAAACUUUGAGAAUAGAACACGAGGAAACAGAAAUAAAACACGAGGAAACAGAAACUUUGAGAAUAGAACACGAGGAAACAGAAAUAAAACACGAGGAACCAGAAACUUUGAGAAUAAAAUAUGAGGAACAAGGAGGGUUCAUUGAAGAAAAAGAGGAAAAUGAAGAAUCAAGUGAAGUUGAGAAAAAUCGUGUCAAAACUGGUGAAAAACCUUGGAGUUGCUCUCAAACCAAACAGAAAGAUUUAAAGAAAAAAAUAGUUAAGAAAUCUUUCACCUGCACUCAGUGUGAAAAGAGUUUCACACGUAAAUCAAAUCUCAAGUGUCACAUGAACAUCCACACUGGAGAGAAGCAGCACGCAUGUGAUCAAUGUGGUAAAAUGUUUUUAUUGGCUUCACUUCUGAAGAAACACUUAAAAGUUCAUGCAAAGGAGAAACCACAUCUAUGUAAUUUGUGUGGUAAGAGUUUUUUGCAUUUACAAAGUUUGAAAGUACAUCAGAAAAUACAUAAUGGUGUGAGAGAGUACAUGUGCUUUGGGUGUGAAAAGACUUUUAGUUCAGAGAGCAGUUUAAAACUGCAUGAGAGGAUCCACACUGGAGAGAAACUUCAUAAGUGUUCACACUGUGACAAGAGAUUCAAUCGUUCAGCAAAUCUGAAAACACAUGAGAGGAUCCACACUGGAGAGAAACCUUUUAAGUGUUCAGGCUGUGACGAGAGAUUCAGUCGUUUGGCAUAUCUGAAAAAACACGAGAGGAUCCACACUGGAGAGAAACCUUAUAAGUGUUCACACUGUGAUGAGAGAUUCAGUCAGUCAGUAGAUCUGAAAAAACAUAAGAGGAUCCACACUGGAGAGAAACUUUAUAAGUGUUCACACUGUGUCAAGAGAUUCAGUGUUUCAUCGAGUCUGAAAAAACAUGAGAGGAUCCACACUGGAGAGAAACCUUAUAAGUGUUCACACUGUGUCAAGAAAUUCAGUCGUUUAACAAAUCUGAAAACACACGAGAGGAUUCACACUGGAGAGAAACCUUAUAAGUGUUCACACUGUGACAAGAGAUUCAGUCUGUUAAGACACCUGAAAACACAUGAGAGGAUUCACACUGGAGAGAAACCUUUUAAGUGUUCACACUGUGUCAAGAGAUUCAGUAGUUCAUCAACUCUGAAAACACAUGAGAGGAUCCACACUGGAGAGAAACCUUAUAAGUGUUCACACUGUGUCAAGAGAUUCAGUAGUUCAUCAACUCUGAAAACGCAUAAGAGGAUCCACACUGGAGAGAAGCCUUGUAAGUGUUCACAAUGUGACAAGAGAUUCAGUGUGUCAUCGAGUCUGAAAACACAUGAGAGGAUCCACACUGGAGAGAAACCUUAUAAGUGUUCACACUGUGACAAGAGAUUCAGUAAUUCAUCAAGUCUGAAAAGACAUGAGGUCAUCCACAGUGGAGAGAGACCUUACAAGUGUUCACACUGUGACAAGAGAUUCAGUGAUUUAUCAAGUCUGAAAAAACACGAGAGGCUUCACACUGGAGAGAAACCUUAUAAGUGUUCAUACUGUGAGAAGAGAUUCAGUCAGUCAGUAGAUAUGAAAAAACAUGAGAGGAUUCACACUGGAGAGAAACCUUACAAGUGUUCACAUUGUGACAAGAGAUUCAGUGUGUCAUCAAGUCUGAAAAAACAUGAGAGGAUUCACACUGGAGAGAAAGCACAUCACUGCAAUGCACAUGGGAAGCAUUCCAUUAAGUCAUCUGUUAUACUCAGUCAUACAAAAAACAAUCACAGCAAGGCCCCGUACACGCGGAGACACAUUUAGUUGUAUAUGUAAAUAUUUUGUAUGGUGUUACGUACGCCACGCUUCGUAAUUUUUGUCUGUGCGUAUAUGUUGCUGCAUAUGCUUGUCGUGUAUGUCUGUGUAUUUUAUUUGUUUCAGGUGUGAAGCUCGAUUGGAGAGUCCACCUGUCAAUCAACUGACGUAGGAUGCUGACGUCUGGGAUCGUGCCACCAAUCACCUGUCGCCGGGUAGUUUAUGAAUGGCUCUAACUUCAAUGGCUGGGGUGGAGACCGACUGGUUUGGGAAAAGAGUUUGCACACUCUGUGAAGACGGUUCUCUUGUUCGAGAGACCAGUUAGAGCGACUGAUCAUUGUUUGGGGCUCGCUGCUUUUGUGAUCUUGCAGUUAGAUGAGUUCUCUUUGUUUCUAUUCUGACCUGGCAGCUGAAGCAUCCCAGAACGGCUGGAAGACUACCAUGUUUCCAGUAGAGGUGGGAUGCAGGGGAUUUGUUGCAACAUCUACUACCAGUUUCCUAAAAAAAAUAGGGGUGAAGGGUCGCUCUCUCCAACAGGCCAUCACGUCCAUAUCAAGUCCUUCUGAAAAAAACAGUAACUGGCUCUGGAUCAAGCGCAAGGAUCCUUCUGGGCAGUAAGGUAGAGACAGAUGGUAUGCAGUCAGGCUUAGGCCCGACUCAGGGAGAAGGACGCCCCUGCCAUGCAGAGACCACGGACAUAGAGGGUAUGGCAUGGAGGGUACACUGUUGAGCCUUCUGGAUAUGUUGUGGGCUUAAAUCAAUGAAACGUAGAUGAAGCAGGGUUCCCACCUGAUGACCCCAAUGACAUACCUUACCCUCCCUUUGUUUUUUUUGUUUUUGUUUUUUUGUUUUUUACCACUCAACACCGAUUGCUACUAUCAAGAGUUUUCUUCUAAAGGGAUUGAAACAUCUAGUUCUAUUAGCUUUACUUGUGCUGGAAUGUGUUUUGUGUUGCCCUUGGUAACUUACUUGUUUGCAGUGCCUGCUUAAUGUUUGUUGCUGUCAUGAAAUCUUCAUCUCAGUCCAUCGUUCAACAUUGUGUAGACUGACGGGAGAGGUUGUGAGUCAAGUAAGCAGGUCGUGACAUACAUUUGGACACGUAGUUUACUGAGAUGUAUUAGAUGCACUAGUGUUAGGAGUGGUGCUAAUUAUGUAUGUUUUUGUUUUUAGUAAGUAUAGUUUAGUCAUAGCGUCUUGUACGCUGAAGAUGUUUCUUUCUACCUUUUUUGUUGAUAGUUUAGUUCUUUAACUUAAGUUAAAGGGGCUUUUUGUUAUAUUCAGUUUUUUUUAUUUAAGCACCACUCUCUUGCUCCUUCCUCUUCCCCAGAUCUGUCUGUUGUACUAAUUGUAAAUAUUCAUUACUUUAUUAUUCUCCAUUAUUAUUUUUUUUUCUUUGGUACUACUUCACUUUAUUGCAGUUGAAAAAUUAAAAUCUUUCAACUUA